AUUAUCAAAUGCAAACCAACAACGCCUAACAACCCUAUAGUUAAACCAAUCGAUUUAGAUGAGACAUAACAUAGAUUUAAUAAACAUUAAAAAAUUAUAAUUUCACUUUGAACUUUGUUUUAUUCUAUUCGAAUAUCGUGCAUCAGUAAUGAAUUUAGAAAAUCUGCUGAAAAAUAAAAAGUCGCUUUUGAAACCUUGUAAAACUGUUGUAACAACAGUGCUUGGCCAAAGAUACGAAGAAGUCAAUGGAGAAAAGAAAGAAUUGCCACCUGGAACACCAUUUAUUGUAGACGACAAACCCGACUUACAGGUUGCACAAAUAAUGCCUGGAUUGUUUCUGAGCUCGCAAGAUCCUGUAGGAAGUAUAGAAAUUUUACAGGCACAUGAUAUUCAUAGUAUUUUGAGCAUCGGUAUCAGUGCACCAAUUAGGUUCGACUCUAUUACAUAUUAUCACUGUGAAUUAUUAGAUUUACCCGAGAGCGAUUUAACUUCUUCAAUGGAACAAUGUAUAAAAAUCAUAGAUGAAAAUCGUGUUAAAAAUAUUCUUGUACACUGUAACGCUGGCGUGUCUCGUUCGCCAAGCAUCGUUAUUUCUUACUUAAUGGCGUCCGAAAAAUUGUCAUUUGACCAGGCUUAUCAGAAAGUGAAGGAAGUUAGAAGUUGCAUUAAACCGAACGAGGGAUUCGUGAAACAGCUACAGGCGUUUCAGAUACCAGACAGUAUAUAAGAGUAUGGAGAAAAUCGUAAACACUUCAUUCAAAUAGUAUGAUGAUGUACCUGUUUCAAGGUACUACAGUGAGGAAAACACAGUCUUAACAAUAGAUUAAUUAUGUAUAUAUAUUAUUACAAUAGAUUUUAUGUAUUAUGACAUUAUGUGUACAGAGAAUAUUAUUUCGUAAUUACAAUAUUUUAUAUUUAUAAUUCAUUAGAAAAGGUACAUUCAUGCACAGCAUCUAUCAAACUCUUAGCCAAAACUAAACAUAUUUAAAGACUGCUAAUUCUGGCAUUUUUGUAUAUCAACCAUGCUUUGGAGAUGACAUGUAGGUCGUCGUACCAAGUAGUUUUAUAAAAAUUACUGUAAAUCUAAAAAAUAUAAGUGAAUUUCUGUAUACAUGACCUAUUAUUUCAUUUUCGUGAUAGUAGUAUAUUAUUGUACCUUGUAGUACAAUAUCUAGUAUAUUGAUGAUGAUAUAUAUGUGUGUAUGUGUGUACGUGUGUAUAUAUCUAUAUAUGUAUAUAUAGAUACAUAUACUUGCCAACAAAAAGUAAGAAAUACAAGUGUUUUGCAUAAUUCAAAAACUAGGUAUCGAUAAAUCAUAUAUAGUUGAAUUGAAGUUACUUAAGGUACAGCAGAGAUAUGAUUUCGUACAUUCGGAAGUAAUAAAAACUAUUUCAAAUACCCUAUGUAUUAGUAAUAUUUAUCAUUUAAUAAUAGAAGCACGAUAAUAGAAUGCAGACAAAAGUUAAGAAACACUAAUUUUUCCAAUAGGUUACUAGUUGAUCGUUCCAACGUAAUAAUUAUUAAAACAAAACUUGAGCACAUACGAGACCAUAAUAAAGGUAAACUAACGCGACGAAGUACAAAUAUACAGUGCCGAAUAUUAAUAAAAUUUCCCGUUAAAUUAAUCAAAUGAAUCUUGAUUAGAUGUCAAGCGGUAAUAUGAUAUGAAGAGUUUUCGAUAUUUUAAUAAGGACAGACAUUUACCCUUUUAUAUUCGGUUAUUCUAAUUGAUAAAGAGUAUACGACUUAUUAAAUAAAUGUUUCUUAAGUUUUGUCUAAACGAAUGUCUGUUGUAUUCAUUCCUGACGAUUACAUAUACGCAUAUGAAACUAAUAUAGAUGUAUCAUAAGAUAUUUUAUACUAAAAAUAAUAUAUUUUUAGUAUUUUGUUUAUUCAAUAACAUACACAAAUGAAGAAACAAAACAUACAUUACAUAAUUUCUGCUUUGUUUCUUAACUUUUGUCGGUAAGUAUGUAUAAUAUAUACAUACAUAUGUAUAUAUAUAUAUACAUAUUAUACUUAUGAAUAUAUAUAUACAUAUAUGUAUAGGUAUACGUGUAUAAUAUAGUUUAUUAUCAAUAUUUAUAUACGUGUAUGUUUAUACAUAUAAUCUAGUAUUCACAU